AUGCUUUGGUGGGAAGAAGUAGAGGACUGUUAUGAAAGAGAAGAUGUUCAAAAGAAAACAUUCACAAAAUGGAUAAAUGCACAAUUUUCUAAGUUCGGGAAGCAGCACAUAGAAAACCUCUUCAGUGACCUACAGGAUGGGAGACGCCUCCUAGACCUUCUUGAAGGCCUGACAGGGCAAAAACUGCCAAAAGAAAAAGGAUCCACAAGAGUUCAUGCCCUGAACAAUGUCAACAAGGCACUGCAAGUCUUGCAGAAAAAUAAUGUUGAUUUAGUGAAUAUCGGAAGCUCUGACAUAGUAGAUGGAAAUCAUAAACUGACUCUUGGCUUGAUUUGGAAUAUAAUCCUCCACUGGCAGGUCAAAAAUGUAAUGAAAAAUAUCAUGGCUGGAUUGCAACAAACUAACAGUGAGAAGAUACUCCUGAGCUGGGUCCGACAAUCAACUCGUAAUUAUCCACAGGUUAAUGUCAUUAACUUCACCACCAGCUGGUCUGAUGGUUUGGCCUUGAACGCGCUCAUCCACAGUCAUAGGCCAGACCUGUUUGAUUGGAAUAGUGUGGUUUGCCAGCAGUCAGCCACACAACGACUGGAACAUGCAUUCAACAUUGCCAAAUAUCAGUUGGGCAUAGAGAAACUACUGGAUCCUGAAGAUGUUGCCACCACUUAUCCAGAUAAGAAGUCCAUCUUAAUGUACGUCACAUCUCUCUUCCAAGUUUUGCCUCAACAAGUGAGCCUCGAAGCCAUCCAGGAGGUGGAAAUGUUGCCAAGGACAUCAAAAGUUACAAGGGAAGAACAUUUUCAACUACAUCAUCAAAUGCACUACUCUCAACAGAUCACUGUCAGUCUAGCACAGGGCUAUGAACGAGCUCCUUCCUCUCCUCAGCCUCGCUUCAAGAGCUAUGCCUACACACAGGCUGCUUAUGUCUCCACCUCUGACCCCACACGGAGCCCAUUUCCUUCACAGCGUUUGGAAGCUCCUGAAGACAAGUCAUUUGGCAGUCCAUUGAUGGAGACUGAAGUAAACCUGGACAGUUACCAGACAGCUUUAGAAGAAGUACUCUCAUGGCUCCUUUCAGCCGAGGACACAUUGCAAGCACAGGGAGAGAUUUCUAAUGAUGUAGAAGAAGUGAAAGAACAGUUUCAUACUCACGAGGGAUACAUGAUGGAUUUGACAUCCCAUCAGGGACGGGUUGGCAAUGUUCUCCAAUUGGGGAGUCAGCUGAUUGGGUCAGGGAAAUUAUCAGAAGAUGAAGAAACUGAAGUCCAAGAACAAAUGAAUCUUCUAAAUUCAAGAUGGGAAUGCCUCAGGGUAGCUAGCAUGGAAAAACAAAGCAAUUUACAUAAAGUUCUCAUGGAUCUCCAGAAUCAGCAACUGAAAGAGUUAAAUGACUGGUUAACAAAAACAGAAGAGAGAACAAGGAGAAUGGAAAAAGAGCCCCUUGGACCUGAUCUUGAGGACCUAAAACGCCAAGUGCAGCAGCAUAAGGUGCUUCAAGAAGACCUAGAACAGGAACAAGUCAGAGUCAAUUCUCUCACGCACAUGGUGGUGGUUGUUGAUGAAUCUAGUGGUGAUCAUGCAACUGCUGCUUUGGAAGAACAACUUAAGGUACUGGGAGAUCGGUGGGCAAACAUCUGUAGGUGGACUGAAGAUCGCUGGGUUCUUUUACAGGAUGUUCUUCUAAAAUGGCAACGUUUUACUGAAGAGCAGUGCCAUUUUAGUACAUGGCUUUCAGAUAAAGAAGAUGCAGUGAACAAGAUUCCCACAACUGGCUUUAAGGAUCAAAGUGAAAUGUUAUCAAGUCUUCAAAAACUGGCUGUUUUAAAAACUGAUCUAGAAAAGAAAAAGCAAACCAUGGACAAACUAUGCUCACUCAACCAAGAUCUUCUUUCAACACUGAAAAAUACACUGGUUGCCCAAAAGAUGGAAGCAUGGUUGGACAACUUUGCCCAGCGCUGGGAUAAUUUAGUCCAAAAACUUGAAAAGAGUUCAGCACAGAUUUCACAGGCUGUCACCACCACUCAGCCAUCACUAACACAGACAACUGUAAUGGAAACGGUAACUAUGGUGACCACGAGGGAGCAAAUCCUGGUAAAGCAUGCCCAAGAGGAACUCCCCCCACCACCUCCCCAAAAGAAGAGGCAGAUUAUUGUGGAUUCUGAAAUUAAGAAAAGGUUGGAUGUCGAUAUAACUGAACUUCACAGUUGGAUUACUCGUGCAGAGGCCGUGUUGCAGAGUCCUGAAUUUGCAAUCUAUCGGAAGGAAGGCAACUUCUCAGAUCUUAAAGAAAAAGUCAAUGCCAUAGAGCGAGAAAAAGCCGAGAAGUUCAGAAAACUGCAAGAUGCCAGCAGAUCAGCUCAGGCCCUGGUGGAACAGAUGGUGAAUGAGGGUGUUAAUGCUGACAGUAUCAAACAAGCCUCAGAACAACUGAACAGCCGGUGGAUCGAGUUCUGCCAAUUGCUAAGUGAGAGACUUAACUGGCUGGAGUAUCAGAACAGCAUCAUCGCUUUCUAUAAUGAGCUACAGGAAUUGGAGCAGAUGACAACUACUGCAGAAAACUGGUUGAAAACCCAACCCACUAGCCCAUCAGAGUCAACAGCAGUUAAAAGCCAGUUAAAAAAUUGUAAGGAUGAAGUCAACCGGCUGUCAACUCUUCAGCCUCAAAUCGAGAGAUUAAAAAUUCAAAGCAUAGCCCUGAAAGAGAAAGGACAAGGGCCAAUGUUCCUGGAUGCAGACUUUGUGGCCUUUACAAAUCAUUUUAACCAAGUCUUUGCUGAUAUGCAGGCCAGAGAGAAAGAGCUACAGACAAUUUUGGACACUUUACCCACCGUGCGGUAUCAGGAGACCAUGAGUACCAUCCUCACGUGGAUCCAACAGUCAGAAACCAAACUCUCUAUACCUCAGGUUACUGUCACGGAAUACGAGAUCAUGGAGCAGAGACUUGAGGAGUUACAGGCUUUACAAAGUUCUCUGCAAGAGCACCAAAAUGGCCUAAACUAUCUCAGCACCACUGUGAAAGAGAUGUCAAGGAAAGCACCCUCUCAUAUAAGCCAGAGAUAUCAGUCGGAGUUUGAAGACAUUGAGGGUCGAUGGAAAAAACUCUCUGCCCAGUUGGUUGAACGUUGCCAAAAGCUAGAGGAGCAAAUGGCCAAACUCCGAAAACUUCAGAAUCACAUAAAAACCUUGAAGAAGUGGAUGGCUGAAGUUGAUGUUUUCUUGAAAGAGGAAUGGCCUGCCCUUGGAGAUUCAGAAAUUCUUAAAAAACAGCUCAAGCAGUGCAGGCUUUUAGUCAGUGAUAUUCAGACAAUCCAGCCCAGUCUAAACAGUGUCAAUGAAGGUGGACAGAAAAUAAAAACUGAAGCAGAACCAGAGUUUGCUUCUAGACUGGAGACAGAGCUCAGAGAACUGAACACUCAAUGGGAUUACAUAUGUCGACAGGUCUAUGCCAGAAAGGAGGCCUUAAAGGCAGGCUUGGAUAAAACUGUAAGCCUUCAGAAAGAUUUGUCAGAGAUGCAUGAAUGGAUGACACAAGCCGAAGAAGAAUACCUAGAGAGAGAUUUUGAAUAUAAAACCCCAGAUGAAUUACAGACAGCAGUUGAAGAGAUGAAGAGAGCUAAAGAAGAGGCCCAGCAAAAAGAAGCAAAAGUGCAGCUCCUCACUGAGUCCGUAAACAGUGUCAUAGCUCAAGCUCAACCUGCAGCACAAGAGGCUUUAAGAAAGGAACUGGACACUCUGACCACCAACUACCAGUGGCUCUGCACCAGGCUGAAUGGAAAAUGCAAGACGUUAGAAGAAGUUUGGGCAUGUUGGCAUGAGUUAUUGUCAUACUUGGAAAAGGCAAAUAAGUGGCUAAGUGAAGUAGAAUUGAAACUUAAGACUACUGAAAAUAUUCCUGGUGGAGCUGAGGAAAUCUCCGAGGUGCUCAAUUCACUCGAAAAUUUGAUGCAACAUUCAGAGGAUAACCCGAAUCAGAUUCGCAUAUUGGCACAGACCCUAACAGAUGGCGGAGUCAUGGAUGAACUGAUCAAUGAAGAACUCGAGACAUUUAAUUCUCGUUGGAGAGAACUACAUGAAGAGGCUGUGAGGAGGCAAAAGUUGCUUGAACAGAGUAUCCAGUCUGCCCAGGAGAUUGAAAAAUCCUUACAGUUAAUUCAGGAGUCCCUCUCAUCAAUUGACAAGCAGUUGGCAGCUUAUAUCGCUGACAAAGUAGACGCCGCUCAGAUGCCUCAGGAAGCCCAGAAAAUCCAAUCUGAUUUGACGAGUCAUGAGAUCAGUUUAGAAGAAAUGAAGAAACAUUACCAAGGAAAGGAAACUGCUCAACGGGUACUAUCCCAAAUUGAAGUGGCACAGAAAAAAAUGCAAGAUGUUUCCAUGAAAUUCCGAUUGUUCCAGAAGCCAGCCAAUUUUGAGCAGCGUCUACAGGAAAGUAAGAUGAUUUUAGAUGAAGUGAAGAUGCACUUGCCUGCACUGGAAACAAAGAGUGUUGAACAGGAAGUAGUACAGUCACAGUUAAAUCAUUGUGUGAACUUGUAUAAAAGCCUGAGUGAAGUGAAGUCUGAAGUGGAAAUGGUGAUUAAAACUGGACGGCAAAUUGUACAGAAGAAGCAGACGGAAAACCCUAAGGAACUUGAUGAAAGAGUAACGGCUUUGAAGUUGCAUUAUAAUGAGCUGGGAGCAAAGGUAACAGAAAGAAAGCAACAAUUGGAGAAAUGCUUGAAAUUGUCCCGUAAGAUGCGAAAGGAAAUGAAUGCCUUGACAGAAUGGCUGGCAGCUACAGAUAUGGAACUGACAAAGAGAUCAGCAGUUGAAGGAAUGCCUAGUAAUUUGGAUUCUGAAGUUGCCUGGGGAAAGGCUAUUCAGAAAGAGACAGAGAAACAGAAGGUUCACCUAAAGAGCAUUACCGAGCUAGGAGAGGCCUUGAAAACGGUUUUGGGCAAGAAGGAGACCUUGGUCGAAGAUAAGCUGAGUCUUUUGAAUAGUAACUGGAUAGCCGUCACCUCUCGAGCAGAAGAGUGGCUAAACCUUUUGUUGGAAUACCAGAAACACAUGGAAACCUUUGACCAGAAUGUGGAUCAUAUCACAAAGUGGAUCAUUCAGGCUGAUGCACUUCUGGAUGAAUCUGAGAAAAAGAAACCACAGCAAAAAGAAGACAUGCUAAAGCGUUUAAAGGCUGAGCUGAAUGACAUACGUCCCAAGGUGGACUCCACGCGUGACCAAGCAGCAAACUUGAUGGCGAACCGCGGCGACCACUGCAGGAAAGUAAUAGAGCCCAAAAUCUCAGAGCUCAACCAUCGAUUUGCAGCCAUUUCUCACAGAAUUAAGACUGGAAAGGCCUCCAUUCCUUUGAAGGAAUUGGAGCAGUUUAACUCAGAUAUACAAAAAUUGCUUGAACCACUGGAGGCUGAAAUUCAGCAGGGGGUGAAUCUGAAAGAGGAAGACUUCAAUAAAGAUAUGAGUGAAGACAAUGAGGGUACUGUAAAAGAAUUGUUGCAAAGAGGAGACAACUUACAACAAAGAAUCACAGAUGAGAGAAAGCGAGAGGAAAUAAAGAUAAAACAGCAGCUGUUACAGACAAAACAUAAUGCUCUCAAGGAUUUGAGGUCUCAAAGAAGAAAAAAGGCUCUAGAAAUUUCUCACCAGUGGUAUCAGUACAAGAGGCAGGCUGAUGAUCUCCUGAAAUGCUUGGAUGACAUUGAAAAAAAAUUAGCCAGCCUACCUGAACCCAGAGAUGAAAGGAAAAUAAAGGAAAUUGAUCGUGAGUUGCAGAAGAAGAAAGAGGAGCUGAAUGCAGUGCAUAGGCAAGCUGAGGGCUUGUCUGAGGAUGGGGCAGCAAUGGCAGUGGCACCAACUCAGAUCCAGCUCAGCAAGCGCUGGCGGGAAAUUGAGAGCAAAUUUGCUCAGUUUCGAAGACUCAACUUUGCACAAAUUCACACUGUCCAUGAAGAAUCAGUGAUGGUGAUGACCGAAGACAUGCCUUUGGAAAUUUCUUAUGUGCCUUCUACUUACCUGACUGAGAUCACUCACGUCUUACAAGCCCUUUCAGAAGUGGAACAACUUCUCAAUGCUCCUGACCUCUGUGCUAAAGAUUUUCAAGAUCUCUUCAAACAAGAGGAAUCUCUGAAGAAUAUAAAAGACAACCUGCAACAAAUCUCGGGUCGGAUUGAUGUCAUUCAUAAUAAGAAGGCAGCAGCAUUGCAAAGCGCCACACCCCCGGAAAAGGCAAGGCUACAGGAAGCUCUCUCCAGGCUCGACUUCCAAUGGGAAAGAGUGAACAAAAUGUACAAGGACCGACAAGGGCAAUUUGACAGAUCUGUUGAAAAAUGGCGGCGGUUUCAUUAUGAUAUGAAGAUAUUUAAUCAAUGGCUAACAGAAGCUGAACACUUUCUUAAAAAGACACAAAUUCCUGAGAACUGGGAACAUGCCAAAUAUAAAUGGUAUCUUAAGGAACUCCAGGAUGGCAUCGGGCAGCGGCAAACUGUUGUCAGAGUAUUGAAUGCAACUGGGGAAGAAAUAAUUCAGCAAUCCUCAAAAAUAGAUGCCAGUAUUCUACAAGAAAAAUUGGGAAGCCUGAAUCUGCGGUGGCAGGAGGUCUGCAAACAGCUGGCCGAGAGAAAAAAGAGGUUAGAAGAACAAAAGAAUAUCCUGUCAGAAUUUCAAAGAGAUUUGAAUGAAUUUGUUUUGUGGUUGGAAGAAGCAGAUAACAUUUCUAGUAUUCCGCUUGAACCUGGAAAUGAGCAGCAACUAAAAGAAAAGCUUGAGGAAGUCAAGUUACUGGCCGAAGAGUUGCCCCUGCGUCAGGGAAUUCUAAAACAAUUAAAUGAAACAGGAGGAACAGUGCUUGUAAGUGCUCCCAUAAGCCCAGAAGAGCAAGAUAAACUUGAAAAUAAGCUCAAGCAGACAAAUCUUCACUGGAUAAAGGUUUCUAGGAUUUUACCUGAGAAACAAGGAGAAAUUGAGGCUCACAUAAAAGACCUUGGACAGCUUGAAGAGCAAUUAAAUCAUCUGCUUCUGUGGCUGUCUCCUAUUAGGAGUCAGUUGGAAAUUUACAACCAACCAAAUCAAACAGGACCAUUUGACAUUAAGGAAACUGAAGUAGCAGUUCAAGCUAAACAGCCGGAUGUGGAAGGGAUUUUGUCUAAAGGGCAGCAUUUGUACAAGGAAAAACCAGCCACUGAGCCAGUGAAGAGGAAGUUAGAAGAUCUGAGCUCGGAGUGGAAGGCGGUAACCCACUUACUUCAAGAGCUGAGGGCAAAGUGGCCUGGUCCAGCCCCUGGAUUGACAGCAAUUGGAGCACCUCCCAGUCAGACUGUUGCUCUGGUGACACAACCUGUGGUUGCCAAGGAAACCGCUGUCUCCAAACUAGAAAUGCCAUCUUCCUUGCUGUUGGAGGUCCCUGCACUGGCAGAUUUCAACCGGGCUUGGACAGAACUUACCGACUGGCUGUCUCUGCUUGAUCGAGUUCUGAAAGCACAGAGGGUGAUGGUGGGUGAUCUUGAAGACAUCAAGGAGAUGAUCAUCAAGCAGAAGGCAACACUGCAGGACUUGGACCAGAGGCGCCCCCAGUUGGAAGAACUCAUUACUGCUGCCCAGAAUUUGAAAAACAAGACCAGCAAUCAAGAGGCCAGGACCGUCAUUACUGAUCGAAUUGAAAGGAUUCAGAGUCAGUGGGAUGAAGUACAGGAACACCUUCAGAACCGGAGGCAGCAGUUAAAUGAAAUGUUAAAGGAUUCAACACAAUGGCUGGAAGCUAAGGAAGAGGCCGAGCAAGUCGUGGGGCAGGCCAGAGCCAAGCUUGAGACAUGGAAGGAGGGUCCCUACACAAUGGAUGCAAUCCAAAGGAAGAUCACAGAGACCAAGCAGUUGGCCAAAGACCUCCGCCAGUGGCAGAUAAAUGUAGAUGUGGCAAAUGACUUGGCACUGAAACUUCUACGGGAUUAUUCUGCAGAUGAUACCCGAAAAGUACACAUGAUAACAGAGAACAUCAAUGCCUCUUGGGCAAACAUUCAUAAAAGAGUGAAUGAGCGAGAGACUGCUCUGGAAGAAACUCAUAGAUUACUGCAACAGUUCCCCCUGGACUUGGAGAAGUUUCUUGCCUGGCUUACAGAAGCUGAAACAACUGCCAAUGUCCUGCAGGAUGCCACCCAUAAGGAAAGGCUUCUAGAAGACUCCAAGGGAGUAAGAGAGCUGAUGAAACAAUGGCAGGAACUCCAAGGAGAAAUCGAAGCUCAUACAGAUAUCUAUCACAACCUAGAUGAAAAUGGCCAAAAAAUCCUGAGAUCCCUGGAAGGUUCUGAUGACGCGGUCCUGUUACAAAGACGUUUGGAUAACAUGAAUUUCAAGUGGAGUGAGCUGCGAAAAAAGUCUCUCAACAUCAGGUCCCAUUUGGAAGCCAGUUCUGACCAGUGGAAGCGUCUGCACCUUUCUCUUCAGGAACUUCUGGUGUGGCUACAGCUGAAAGACGAUGAGUUGAGCCGUCAGGCACCUAUCGGAGGCGAUUUCCCAGCAGUUCAGAAGCAGAAUGAUAUACACAGGGCCUUCAAGAGGGAAUUGAAAACGAAAGAACCUGUAAUCAUGAGUACUCUUGAGACUGUACGAAUAUUUCUGACAGAGCAGCCUUUGGAAGGACUAGAGAAACUCUACCAGGAGCCCAGAGAGCUGCCGCCUGAGGAGAAAGCCCAGAAUGUCACACGACUCCUACGAAAGCAGGCUGAGGAGGUCAACACAGAGUGGGAAAAAUUGAACCUGCACUCGGCUGACUGGCAGAGAAAAAUAGACGAGGCCCUCGAAAGACUCCAAGAACUGCAGGAGGCCACGGAUGAGUUGGACCUCAAACUGCGCCAAGCUGAGGUGAUCAAGGGAUCAUGGCAGCCCGUGGGCGAUCUUCUCAUUGACUCCCUCCAGGAUCACCUCGAGAAAGUCAAGGCACUUCGAGGAGAAAUUGCACCUCUCAAAGAGAAUGUAAGCCACGUCAAUGACCUAGCUCGCCAACUCACCACCUUGGGCAUUCAGCUGUCACCAUAUAAUCUCAGCACUCUGGAAGACCUGAACACCAGAUGGAAGCUUCUGCAGGUGGCUGUUGAGGACCGCAUCAGGCAGCUGCACGAAGCCCACAGGGACUUUGGCCCAGCAUCCCAGCACUUCCUUUCCACUUCUGUCCAGGGUCCCUGGGAGAGAGCCAUCUCACCAAACAAAGUGCCCUACUAUAUCAACCACGAGACCCAAACAACUUGCUGGGACCAUCCUAAAAUGACAGAGCUCUACCAGUCUUUAGCUGACCUGAAUAAUGUCAGGUUCUCGGCUUAUAGGACUGCCAUGAAACUCCGAAGACUGCAGAAGGCCCUUUGCUUGGAUCUUUUGAGCCUGUCAGCCGCAUGUGAUGCCUUGGACCAGCACAACCUCAAGCAAAACGACCAGCCCAUGGACAUCCUGCAGAUCAUUAACUGUUUGACCACUAUUUAUGACCGCCUGGAGCAAGAGCACAACAAUCUGGUCAACGUCCCUCUCUGCGUGGAUAUGUGUCUCAAUUGGCUGUUGAAUGUUUAUGAUACGGGACGAACAGGGAGGAUCCGGGUCCUGUCUUUUAAAACUGGCAUCAUUUCUCUGUGUAAAGCGCAUUUGGAAGACAAGUACAGAUACCUUUUCAAGCAAGUGGCCAGUUCAACAGGAUUUUGUGACCAGCGCAGACUGGGCCUCCUUCUACAUGACUCUAUUCAAAUCCCAAGACAGUUGGGUGAAGUUGCAUCCUUUGGGGGCAGUAACAUUGAGCCAAGCGUCAGGAGCUGCUUCCAAUUUGCUAAUAAUAAGCCUGAGAUCGAAGCGGCACUCUUCCUCGAUUGGAUGAGACUAGAACCCCAGUCCAUGGUGUGGCUGCCCGUCCUGCACAGAGUGGCUGCCGCAGAGACUGCCAAGCAUCAGGCCAAGUGUAACAUCUGCAAGGAGUGUCCGAUCAUCGGCUUCAGGUACAGGAGUCUAAAGCACUUUAAUUAUGACAUCUGCCAAAGCUGCUUUUUCUCUGGCCGUGUUGCAAAAGGCCAUAAAAUGCACUAUCCCAUGGUGGAAUAUUGCACUCCGACUACAUCGGGAGAAGAUGUUCGAGACUUUGCCAAGGUACUAAAAAACAAAUUUCGCACCAAAAGGUAUUUUGCGAAGCAUCCCCGAAUGGGCUACCUGCCAGUGCAGACGGUCUUAGAGGGGGACAACAUGGAAACUCCUGUUACUCUGAUCAACUUCUGGCCGGUAGACUCUGCGCCUGCCUCGUCCCCUCAGCUUUCACACGAUGAUACUCAUUCACGCAUUGAACAUUAUGCUAGCAGGCUAGCAGAAAUGGAAAACAGCAGUGGAUCUUAUCUAAAUGAUAGCAUCUCUCCUAAUGAGAGCAUAGAUGAUGAACAUUUGUUAAUCCAGCAUUACUGCCAAAGUUUGAACCAGGACUCCCCCCUGAGCCAGCCUCGUAGUCCUGCCCAGAUCUUGAUUUCCUUAGAAAGUGAGGAAAGAGGGGAGCUAGAGAGAAUCCUAGCAGAUCUUGAGGAAGAAAACAGGAAUCUGCAGGCAGAAUAUGAUCGUCUCAAGGAGCAGCAUGAACAUAAAGGCCUGUCCCCACUGCCGUCGCCUCCUGAGAUGAUGCCCACCUCGCCACAGAGUCCCCGGGAUGCUGAGCUCAUUGCUGAGGCGAAGCUACUGCGUCAACACAAAGGCCGCCUGGAAGCCAGGAUGCAAAUCCUGGAAGACCACAAUAAACAGCUGGAGUCCCAGUUACACAGGCUCAGGCAGCUGCUGGAGCAACCCCAGGCCGAGGCCAAGGUGAAUGGCACAACGGUGUCCUCUCCUUCUACCUCUCUCCAGAGGUCAGACAGCAGCCAGCCUAUGCUGCUCCGGGUGGUUGGCAGUCAAACUUCAGAAUCCAUGGGCGAGGAAGACCUUCUCAGUCCUCCCCAGGACUCAAGCACAGGGUUAGAGGAAGUGAUGGAGCAACUCAACAACUCCUUCCCUAGUUCAAGAGGACACAAUGUAGGAAGCCUUUUCCACUUGGCAGAUGAUUUGGGCAGAGCGAUGGAGUCCUUAGUUUCAGUUAUGACAGAUGAAGAAGGGGCAGAAUAA